AAACAUUGUUGUCAUAAUUUUAUUUCACUAGAUACUUCCGAAGUAGAGGUGGAAACACUUACUGUAUCUCAGAAAAGGUUGCCCACUUCCAUUCGGCAGUUUCCUGACAAAGAAGGUUAUCAAGGUAGGAUUUUUUAGGGAUGUUACUAAAACGGGAAACGGGAAAAUGAAAAACGGGAACAAAACAUAACUUAAACACGUUUCAGCUAGACCGGAUCAAUCGGUCAAAGGAAACGAAUUCCAGAGAUAGACCAUUUUUGCGAAAAAAUUUUCACUCGGACCGAGCUUCUCGAUGGAAAUUUCCAGACAAUUCGGCACAAUGGAAAGCAUUCCAAGUAUGCCUAGUAUACGCACUAUUUGGGGCCAAAUACGUGAGCCGGGUGGCCCAAUAUGCAGUUUUGCCGAGAUCUCGGCACCUUGGGUAAACAUGACAAAAUUCAACUCUCAAACUCGUUCCCAGAGUUCGCAGGGUAGUUCAACUUUGUGAUUACUUGACAAUAGAGAUAGCCCGGCAAAUUGACAAAGGGACCGAGCCUGGAUCAUGUAAUCAGGCCCUUAGGCUGCGUGCAAACGGACGCAACGACUCCCAACAUUGUUGCGCCAACAAUGUUGGGAGUUGUUGCGUGCGUGUUGGCAGUGGUGUGCAAACGGAUGCAACAACUCCCAACAAUGUUGGGACCUGCCGUGCAUCGUGGGAAGGAUACAACCCAUAAGUCUUUGUAAACCAUGCGUAAUGAGCGUGCGCGGCCCCAACAAUGUUGGAAGAGCUGUGCAAACGGAUCCAACAUUGUUGCGCUACGCUUCGGCGAUCACGGAGCAAAAGAAAUGUUGGGAGUUGUCGGCUGAAAAUUUUGACCUGUUUCAAACUUUGCGCAACAACACGCAACAACAUAUAACAUCCAACAAUGUUGGGAGUUGUUGGCCAACAAUGUUGCGUCCGUUUGCACGGGACUUUACUCUAAUAAACUCAGUAAAAACAUGACCCCCUGCAAAUUAAUGAGAUUCCUUCUUCUUCUCAUUUUUACUUUCAUGCGAUUCUCUUGGGGCUGCAGUUAAGGAGGGCAUUCCAUCGGACGACGAUCUGGAACUCCUGUCAGUGAAAGUUGUAAGGUGGAAAAAGCUUGGGCGUCGGCUAAAACUUGAAGCCGCAGAAUUAACAGCACUUCACCAGGAAAACGAAGAACUGUCUGAGAAAGUAUUUGCAAUGCUGAUAAAGUGGAAACAAAAAAAGGGGAGGCUACUAACCGUUGUUUAUAUGACGCCCUCUGUCAUAAAUUAGUGAAUCGGAAAGAUUUAGCAGAAGAAUUUUGUUGUAGAUGUUCUGAACCGGAAGGUUAACUGAAGUGUGGUAAAUCGAUAUUACAGGUGAGGUUUUCAAACGUCUUACUUAUAAAUGCUCAUUUUUUAUUAUUUUAGGUUUUAAAGCUUUUAAUUCAUUUAGAACUCAAGACCCACUUACACUUUCAAUUCUUUGGUGGUGUAAAUGGACAGAUGUGGAAAUGGUUUCCCAUGUUACGAAAAAAAACAUUUCAUAUGUUUUCAUUUACACCGCUACUAACGAAAACGUGUCCACUAUCUGGUAGAGUGGUACCAUGUAGUAAAUAGAGGGGGAUGGAGAAGGGAUGACUUACCGCUUCUUUCCCUCUCCGCGUGUAGUAGAGGAAAAGCGAGCUUAUUGUGGACUUUAUAACAUCCUUUUUGUAGUGACAACUUUAAACCUAGCGUAACAAGUCUUAUCUUUGUACAAGAAUACUGCGGGACAUUUUUAAAGUGUUUACUUUGUUUUGCGUUCACCUAACAUUGUUACGCGCAGGAAAUGCGUUUCGUCUGAUUUCUAUUCAAGCUUUUCAAUAAGUAAGAGAUGGAAUGGUAACCGCGCUACAACUCCGAAGGCAUGGUUCAUCCAUCUAAUGUGAAUCCGUAACAAGGCAAAUUUAAAAUGUAUAUCCGUCUCGAAUUCACAUGUAUACUUAAUAGACAGUAAAUAUACCAGACGGAUUAUUCGUCUUUAGGGUGAAAACAGCCAUUGGGCUUGAUUCUUGAUCUUUUUAGUAAUGGACUGAUUUUUUUUUUUCAGAUCUAUCCAACAAAGGACGUCAGCGAAAGAAGAGCACUGAAAAGAGCAUUAUUAACAGCAUUCACGGCUCCUCCCCUGAUCACCACAACCAUGUUGACAGAGCCUCGUCGACCGUCUCUAACACUGGCGGAUCUUUGGGUAGCGAUCCUUAGCGCGUUGGUGGUUCUGACUUGCCUAAAGUUAUACUGGACGAACCCGAGUUGAAGAGUUGGUUAGUGAACGAGGUAAUAAGGUCGGAACCUCGAAGCCUUUCUUGGAUAUUUAUAUUAUUAUUAAAAAACAGUGUUAAGGGUUCAUCUUUACUGAAAGCAACUCCAAGGAUAAGUAUUUCAUUCGGUAACAAACUAUUUGUUAGGACAAUUCUUGAGCUUCGCUGGGUUGCAAAGUGGAUAACUCAACGUUGAACUCUGACGUUUGUAAUGAAGGGCGUUAGUCAGGAAUCAUCUUCACUUAGGAUGCCUUUGUGAAUCAGAGACCUCAAACUUGUUUACAGGAUCGUCAUUUAACUUAGAUGGGCUUUGAGGUUGUAAGACACAGUGAAGACAGUUGAAAGGAUAUUAAUACAAUCACUGAUUAGUCAGGACUGACAGGUUGAGCGAUAUUAUGAAAUGGGUUAAGGGGUCCGUCAGAUCAAUGCAAUAUAUAGCCUGUUGCUAAAUAUAUAACGUUAGCUGGCUAUCUCCCAAACAUAGGCCGUAUCAUUUUGCUAUGUCAACAUGUUAAAAAGCAAUUUCUUUACUUAUUGAAGUAUAAACCUGUAUAAAGGUUUGAACUGAAGCUUCUGCGAGAUAAAACCUUCGUUUUUUGUAUUCUUCACAGAAGACGAGGCCACAGACUGAGAUCCAAGACCGGCCUGAUUCCCAGUGUUUGUCCGCUAAUCAGGAAAAGAAGCUGGGUUCAUGAAACCUUCGUUGGAUAUUGUUACUAGACAGAGGUUAGGAGUAAGGCUUUAUAGAUUAGUCAACUAAUUUGUUUCAAAAUUAUUGAUAGCAGAGAUAUACAGCUUCGUUGGUCUGUAUGAGUGUAAUAACUAUGCGUUUCUUCCUUACACCCUUAACGAUUGACACUAAGUGACAAAGAACUCCAGAAAGAUCGGUUUGACCGUCAGGUUUCGCUUUAGCUGAUCAUUUUGCGCCGUAGUGUCGUCCUCUUUUUGUCUUCACGGUCCGAUGGUUAUUCCACAAACGCCGGCGGGCGUACCCUAGCAGGGAUUUGCUGCAUAAGCGUUUUAGUUUUGAAAUUUGUCGUUUAAGAUCUAAAGUUCUCUUCAUAUCUGUUCUCUAGCAGAGCCCGUUAGCCCAGGGCGACAUGCUUGUGUCCUUACAAGGAAUCUUAGUUUCUGCAGAAAAAACCGAGCGCUGCGCAUCCUGAAUUUCAUAGGUGCUGCACGUUUUUUUUAGACUACAGCUUUACUUACAUAGCUUUCUUGACGUACGGGUCACUUCUUUGUUGAUCAUUUAUUCCUAAUCGUCCAGAAAGUAAAAACCCUUACGUGCACACGAUAUGUAUUAGCUCCCUACCCGGACGUAUUUUCGCACGUCGCGCAACACUUCAUCCCAGUUUGGAAGGACUGUUGCAUGACGAGCCAAACGUAUGUUCGUGUAGGGGGCUUGAUGAAAAUGACAUUGUUGUAAAUUACGAUACAAGUAGCUGAGUAAUCGGCGAGAAGAUGAUCUGGCCACUCAGAGAAGAUCACACGUCUAAGGUGGUUUAGGGAAGAAGAAAUUCUCCUUUUCACAACAAAGUGAUUAUUAGAUUAUUAUUGAUUAUUAGCAGGCUAUGGCAGAGAUGCGGAGAAACACUCGCCUCAGUACUCACGACGCCCCCAGUACUCACGACGCACCAUCUCGUUUUCACGGUCCAGAAAACGUAAAGCCAGUUCAAGUGCCUCUAUAUCGUGCUGGUAAGGUUUCCAGUUAUCUUUUGUACCCCCCAAACCCCCCCCCCCCCCCCCCGCCAUCCCGUAGCUGAAUUCUGACUGACUUAAACACCACUCCAGUGAGUCAACGAACAACACUCCACUCAUUACCUAUAAGAACCUGAAAAAGGUAGGGGAGGGUGCGGGGUUACAAAUCCCAUUGUCCAGCCUUACAUUUGGUCAAAUCUUACUGUCCCAUUUAAAGUUUGCCUCAAAUGUUAUUCAUAAUGGACCAACAAAUAAUAAAAAAUAAAAGCUCAAUCCCGUUUUUUCAGGCCAGAAAUUGUCAAAUCUCAAUUCUCAUUUUAGCCCUUCAGAUCCCUCUCACUGCAGUAUCAUUACGUUUUUGUGCAAUCCUAAUUUCUGCCUUUUUCCAUCUGCAGCUGAUGGGCCUGUUUUCUUCUGCCGUGCAUAAAUUCAACUACGACAUGGCACC